UAUAUGACUUCAGGCAGCAUACUUCCUGCUAAACCCUAACUAAUGCUGGCCAAAAGCAACCUUGUGGAGCAGGUUACCACUGCGUGUGUCAGAGACACUGGAACGAUACAAGGCCCACUCCUACUCUGCACUAAGCUCGCUGUUCCUUCCUAUUCAAAAAAAUUUUCUCCCUUUUUCACCAUCCAGCUGGGACAGCGAAAUGGGACGGUGGCGGUCAGGCAGGAUGAGGCAGGAGGUGCUCUGCAGGUCCCCCCACACACCAUGCCUGCCCCGAGGAUGGGGAUGCCCGUGCCCCAAGCCCCUGUGCUGCCUCAGCAGGGGCCCCCCCCCACAUCCUGCGCCACCACAGAUGGAGCCAGGCCGCAGCCAUGGCAGCCCACGCGUACAGCUCGUCUAUGUCAACAGCUUCGGCUCCCACCGCUGUGGCUCUGUCAUCCGCUAUGGCAGGGGCUGUCGACAGGCUGGGGUGGGCCGGGCUGGGCCCCCACUUUCCCAGCCGAGCCCCACAGGGGAGGCCAGGGGGCGGGAGGCCGCCCUGGCGCCUGGGGACAAGGGCAGUCCUGGGCCUCCCGCCGCUGGUGGCAGGGUGGAGGUGGUGAGGAGCUGCAGUGUGGUGAAGGCUGUCAGCCGCUAUCGUGGUGACCUUCGAGAGGCCAAGGCUGACACCUUUGACUUUCCCUUCCCUUCGAGAAAUGUUGAUAAAGUAAUUAAACGAAAGAAGCAAAAGUCCAAAGUCUGGCUUAAGGUCUGGAAAGUAAUUUCAAAAAUGCUUGAAGAAAAUGAAAAGUUCCGAAGUCGACUCUUGACUUGCAGUCAGUUUAAUGGAGAAGGCAAUGAUAUGAACCAAAGUUCACAGAAUGAGGCAUCCUACCUGGACAGGGAGGAGUCCAUCUUUGGCUGGGUAUAGCAAGAAAAUGAAGGAAGAACCAAUCCAAAAGGAGAUAUAAAAGUAGUAAAUGUUUUUAUUUUGACCUAGUUCUUACUGAAGUCGGUGACAAGACUGCAAGUGAUUUCAGUGAACACAGUUGUCUGUUGUUUGUUUGGCAUAUGUGAUUCUACUGUUUAAGAGGUUUGUUUUUGCAGUGGCUUAAACAGCUCUGUUGCGAGGUAUUUAUUUCAAGUCAUUAAGUCUAGUGUUUCACUUAGCUAUUAGUUUUCAAAAGCUUUUUAAUGAGCAUAAUAUUGUGACAGUUUGCUUGCAAAAGAAUAGAGAUACACAUUUAGUGCUGGCUCUGUAUUUAUAUCUAUUUUUUUGUAGCUUGUCAGAAUCAUAAACAAACACAAAUUCAGUAAGGCAGAACUCCACACAAGAUAUAAAGAAACACUUUUUUUUCUUACCGAUUUGAAUAAAUUUGACUUUAUUAUAUUAAAAUAAUACACAAUUACCCUUCUGUUCAUUCAUCCAUUUAUACAUGAAUCUCAGCAAGUAUUUUGAAUAUGAAACCAGGUGAAUGUUUUCUGUCUUACUGUUCAUCAGGAAGCACAUAAUAAUAUCAUCAUAAUCAGAAGGUAUUGUUUAUCUAGCUGACUUCAAUAACAUGAUAUAAUUUUCUUCUGUUAUGGAGUUUCAUACUUGAACUCUUGAUUGACUGUUAAACCCUUUUAAACCAGCAAAUUGUGUAAAUGGAACGUGAAGACUGCAUAAAAAUAGUAUGUAUAUGGAUUUCAUCUCUGUAGAUAAAACAUUCACCUGUCACAAUUAGAUGUCCUUGGUUUCAAUAAAAGGAUUGUUUUCUCAUUCCAUAAUAUCUUAGUGUUUGCAGAUAUAAUGACUGCG